AUGCCACAGGAGGAGCCACCGGCUGGUAGCUCCGUCUCCACUCUGGAGAUGGGAGGUGAUGCCGCUGCAGGCCUGGGCAGCUGCUACGGUCUCCCGGCCAAACCAGACGGGGGAGACUAUUGGCUGGAUCCCUUCAGACCGCCCCAGGGCGACGAAGCUCGCCUCACGACCAGCGAACUGCAGAAGCUCAGAUUCAUGAAGUGGCGAACACGGACACCUCUUUUGCCGGCCAUCAUGUCGGCUGCGACGGGGUCGAAGCCGGACACUGGCAAGGACCUGUCCUCUGCUCCACCUAGCCUGAAGCAGCAGGAGAUGGACUACAUUGCUGUUCGUUCCGAUCCCGAGGGCAUCAGCAAAAGAGCGCCGGCGGCUGCAUCCUCUGACAAUGGUGGUAAGGCCUGUGCUUUGUCGGAUCCUCCUCCUAGACCUACAAAAUCUGGCCGGAAGCGGAAGCCAAUUGAAAUUCCUAGUGAGGAGGAGAGUGUAUCAACUCUCUCCACCUUCUCCGAUGAGCUUGGAGAGUAUCCCAGCGAAGUUACCGUGGGUGACCUCGUUCUGCGCUCAGUACGGCCUCUGCCGCCUCAACGUGAACUGUUGCCUGGGGAUUCUGCAGUAAGCGAUCUGACCUCUGAUCCGCAACGGAGCAGUCUUUGCCUCGUCCUCGGUGCCAACAUCGACCCUUGCUGUUGUCAACUCACCGUCCGGAACGACUGCCGAGAUGUCGCCAACAGCUCCAGCUCAUAUUACAACGACUCCGGCUGGGGCUAUGGCCAGCAGCUCAAAGAGCAAACCGGUCAUACCAUUUCGCAGAAGCGGGCCUACAAUCGGGCUUGUCGCCGCGCGACCCUUAGCCCUUUUCAGGGCACCUUCUAUCGAGGGAAAUGGCUGAAAGUUGUCACCUACAAUGUGGGGGGCCUGUCCUCUGCUGCGUACAGUGAGCUCUUGCAGAAACUCAUUGGCAAGAAGAUCUUCAAUAUGAUACGCCGGGAUGGCAUGUCAUAUGUUCCUCUGACUCCAUACUUACUCUUCACAGCUCCCGUCCAAGGACGGCUCCUGCACCUCAGACUGUGUUUGGAGGGCUGCACUGUGGAUCUGGUCAAUGUUUAUCAGAAGGUGUUCAGCACAUCACUUGCUGUUGAAAAGGGUGCUGCUCCCACUGCCACAGCUAAGCAAAUUCGCAAGGAGGUUUGGGCCGCCCUCCAGGGCCUCGUCAAGUCCUUGCCGAUGCGCAAUGUCUUGAUUAUCGGUGGCGACUUUAACACGCCGGUUGAGGUAGUGCCCUCGUUGGUUGGAAAUCGGGUGCGGCUUGUCCCUACGACCUUCCCUGUUGACGCAGGCGUUCUCAAGGACCUCUUUGUUGACUGCCAUCUCCUCCAUCUCAACUCUUGGUCUAGAGCUGCUAAGGCGACGUACAGGUGUGAUGGUCACUCCUCCCUCAUUGACCACAUUUUUAUACGUCAUGGGCUAGGAGACAUGGAAGCCCGCCGUGCGGGCCCUGUUGCAUGGCCCCUUUUCAAGUGGCGAAAAGGCGGCUAUCAUAUGCCGGUUUUCGCAUCUGUGAAAUUGCCUUCAGUUCAUGCCCUUGCGCGUCCUGCUCGCAAAGCUGUGCCUAUCUUGGAUACGCAUACCCUGUCCCAAGUCUGUCGUGAUGUCCAGGACCCUCGCAUUGUUGCUCUGAAUGCCCGGGUUGCCUCUUUCCUGCUCUCCUCUCCGCGGGCCACUGUGCAGGAAAUCAAUCUAACUAUGAAGGACAUUGCUGUGGAGCUUUUCCCUGGUAAGAAGCAUCAGGGGCGUGUGGUCCCAUGGCAAUCCACUGCGGUUGCCACUUCUGUGAAGGCCAUGUGGUCUGCCUAUACCACCAUUGGAGGGGCCAAUCGGAAGUCCAAGACUGAGUGGUUCCGGGCCCAGGUUGACACCAUGGAAACUGCUGCCCGCAAAGGUGACACGCGUGCUCUCUUCCAGCUUGCUUCACGUCUCUGCCCCAAACAGCGGCGCUGCAAGCUCCAGCUGCGAGGGCCAAAUAACGAAAUUCUCUCACAUGGUGAGCAGGCACGUACCUUGCAACAGCAUUACAAUACCUUGUAUGCCACUGCAUGUCCUUCCUCACCCUCUGAGGCGCGACCAGUGAACGAUGGGUGUCUACCCUCUCAGCGGGAGGUGCUGCCAUUUUCUCAGCUUGACCUAAACUCGGUGGACAGUGCCCUCUGGCACAUGUCACCGCAUAAGGCCGCACCCAAGCAUCUGGCGCACACCUCCAUCUGGGUGGCCUGUUCCUCCACUGUCUCUCCGUGGUUGCGCCUGCUCCUUAGCACCACCACUGUGGUCCCACAAGACUGGAAGGACACGGAUGUCGUUGCUCCCCAAAAUCACAUCGCCAACGUUGCCCCGCCACUUGCGGCCACUAGUUUCCUGAAGCUGCAUCCUCAAUUCGCCUAUUUGGCGGAUCGAUCCACAGAUCAGGCACUUCUGCGGGUGCUCAACCAUUGUUUGGAAGCCACUGCACAGGUGACGGUUCAACGUGGCGUCAGGCAAGGCUGCCGUAUCGCUCCCUUGUUAUGGGCGCUUGCUACCGCGGUGGUGAUGGUACGAGCAGAUCAGGCCAUUGAUUCGGGAUGGACGGCCAGGCACCUGACGGCUUUUGCGGACGAUUUUCAUACGGGAGCACAUGUUCGUAAGGUUACUGAUCUUGAUCGGGCACUAUGGCGCUUUGGUUGCUUCCUUGAUCAACUGUUUGAGUCGCAUCUUUUGGUGAACGAGAAGAAGUCAGCUUUCUUGCUUCGCCUCACCAGAGGUUUUGCGCCCUCAUGGGUCAAGAGCCACCUUCGCAAAGGAGCUGAGGGAAGGGUGGUGCAUUUCACCACGCCUGCUGGUCGGAGACUUGAUAUACCACUCAAGGAAGAACAUGUCUACUUGGGACUUACCAUCUCAUAUCACCAGGCGGUGUCUCUUUCCGUGGAACAUCGUAUUGCCACAGCGUGGAGCGCCUGGACGAAGUUAAGGCCCCUUCUUACCUCUGCCUCUGCCCCUGCGAUUGAUUUGAGGCUCCGUCUGUGGCGGGCUUGUCUGCCACCUACGCUUUUGUACGGGUUGCACGUCGUGCCCCUUACCGUCAAGCAGUUGGGACGUCUUCAGGCUGUGUACACCAGGCACCUGCGUGCUGUGUCCCGCUCCCAGUCGCACCUCACUUUUGAAAGCACCAUGAAUCUGCACACACGGUUGGGAGUACCCACUGUUCGAGACAUUCUUUUGAGAUCCCUGGCAAGCCUUCGUGAUCGCACUGUGCUUGCUCAUGAAGUCGGUCUUGAGCCACAUUUUAUGGUCACCAAAUGUGAUGAGCUCGCACAUGCACUCCUUCGUCAUCAUGAUCCUGGGCAAGCGAACAUGUCAGGUGGUCCCCCGGGCAUGCAUUCCACUUCACCGGAUACAUUGGCCCCCGCUUCGUUAAGCACCCCUCUUUUCCGAUGCCCGGCCUGUGAUGCUUCCUUUUCUGACUUGCGGACACUUCGAGUGCAGCAAGCCUCGCAUCACCGUGCCACACAGGCUUCUCGUAAUCUAGGAGUACCCUUCGAUCCGGUUGUUCAUGCCGUCUCUGGUAUGCCAGUUUGCACCCUGUGCACUCGGACCUUUUCGCGUUGGUCUAUUUUACGGGACCACAUACAAAAGGGUAGAUGCGUCAUGCUGGAUCCCUUGCUCCAGCCGACUACAACGCAAACUUUGCCUGCUCCAUCCGAUGCCCUGGACGUGUGCUCCUCCACCCCUCUGGGUGUGCCUGUAUCCACCUUGGCCACUGUUGCUCCGACGCCUGCUCCUGUUGCUCCUACCCUCUGUCCGAGUGCGUCUCUGUCCUUGGAUGUACCCCAGGCUGCCAGUACCACCGGUGCUGCACACUCUUUGUGUUCCACAUCAGCCCACCUGCCCAUGCAUAUUCCUGGUUCGGGUACCAAGGCACAAGCUAGUGACACCAAGUGGCAGCUUCAGGUGGGACAGCUUUGCUCAACGCCAGUCAUUCAGCGUGUGGACGUUCUCCGUCAGGCCAAAAACAAAGAGGCUGGCAGAGCCUCAUCCUUCUACCUGGAUUACGUGAUGAGCUCAGACACCACUGUCCGUGUUGUGGGCGAGACCAACGGGCCACUACAGGAAUGGGAUGCUCUUCCAUGGGGUGCAGCACAGGGGGCGGCUCCAUCCUCUCAGCCACCCGUUCUGGGGCAGAUGGCCAGGCUUCUCUUGAGACACGAGCGCCAGCUGCAGGCACUUCAGCAGGACACGAAGCUGUUCUUCUUCUUUCGCCCGGAUCCUCCGGGGUCUGUGCUGCCGUUCAUGACCAAGGUGGCUCAGCGCUGGAGAGAGUUGGUCGACCAGGGCAAGGUUCAGUCCACAUUGCGGGAGACGAUGCUACGGGAAUUGAUUCAGGAGCUCAAGGGCAGGAUCAAGGGCUUCAACUCCUCGGCUAUGAGUGCGAUGCGAGAGAAGACCACCGAGAUGGGAUGGGUAUACGAUUCACAGGGCAGCUGGAACUACAUGCAGUGGGAUCCCACUGCUCAAAAGGAAGUCCUCGUGGAGAAGACGGACAGCCGCUCAACGGAUUCUAUUCUGCAGGACCUACAGGCGAUCGAGAACCUGAUCAAUGGCACCACAAUUCGCCAUUUCGGCAGCCUACGUCCCAUGAGCCGGACCUAUCAAACUCAGUGGGUCCAGUUUGCUCUGGAAAUCGAGCUGCGACAGGGUGGAGAUGCCCUGUGGAAGCUUUUCAACUCCCUGAUCAACUGUGCCGUCCUGCACCUCAUUGGUGCCAGGCUUCGCCGGGACCGCCCGGUGACCUCGAACCUUGCCCAAGCUCUUCAACAGCAACAUGAUGCGGCAAAGUUCGUCCAGCAUAUUCUGCCCAGGAUACGAUCACCAUUGCUCACAGGUGCGUGGCAAGCCAGGCAAUUUGCAAUUGAUGUCUGUCAGGAGGUUGAUUCUGCUCCCUCCUCUUCCCCAGUGCUUCUUCCCUUGUCAGGGGCUGCAAGCCUGCAGUUUUACAUUGACAAGUGGCAUGCUCAAGAUGAUUCUGCCAUUACUCAUGCCUAUGACAGUGCCGCGAAGGCUGUCCUUCUCCAACUGAUGAGGUUCAAUGUGGUUGGGAGGGGCCGCAAGAAGCGUACGGUCAAGGACUCAACAUCGGUGCAAGGAGUAUUGCAUGAUCUUGUUAUUCUUAUAUUUGUGGGUACUCAUACGAAUGUGGCUACUCUUUGUAUCUUUGAGGUGGUGGCCGUUAUCGUGCACUACGGUGCUCUUGCUGACUCGGGGCACUACCGAUGCGUAUGGAAAGGAAAAGAUUGCACCUGGAUAACUGAAGAUGGUACCUGUGCCACACAUUGCACUGCGACUGAUCUGGACGUUCUGUCUUGCAACGCCUAUCUUAUUUGGGCAGUACGCAAAACUGCGAGCUCAGGCCAUACCGCUUCUUCAUCCAGUGCCUGA